UGGCCUGAUCCGGCACAGUCUUCGCUCCAUCGUCCAAGCCGUCGCCGCCACCUCCGCCAUCACAACAGCAAAAUGAAAGUCUUAGUUGCCAUCUGCGUGCUGAUAAGUUUGGCCUCAGCCGAAUAUGUGCUGAAGAAUCGCGAUAGCAUGCUGGCCUAUCGCGACGAGUGCGUCAAGGAGCUGGCCGUGCCUGCCGAUCUUGUGGAGAAGUACACAAAGUGGGAGUAUCCCAACGAUGCCCAGACCCAGUGCUACAUUAAGUGCGUUUUCACCAAGUGGGGCCUGUUCGAUGUCCAGACCGGCUUCAAUGUGGAGAACAUCCAUCAGCAGCUCGAGAACGGACAUGCCGACCACAACGAGUCGCUGCACGCAAGCAUCGCUGCCUGUGUGGACCAGAACGAGCAGGGAUCCAAUGCCUGCGAGUGGGCCUACCGCGGUGCCAGCUGCCUGCUGAAGGAGCAUCUGCAGAAGAUCCAGAAGAGCCUGGCCCCGAAGGCCUAGAAAUAGCAAUGAUAGCAAUUACUGAUAGCCAUUAAUUAAGUUAAUAAACCGAUUCAACGUA